AUGCAUCUCAUAGCCUCAUCCACGGCACCUUUCGCCACAACGCUGCCCGCAAAGAAUGACCUGCACCUGUGGGACUGCCGCAGAGUUGGACUCGCGGCUCUGCCCCUGUAUUCGCUGAAACGCCAGCAGACUCAGACAUCUGUCAUGUUAAACGCUGCCGGUCGUGUCCGUGUGUGCGCUCGCGAGGCCCUCUCGCCUUAUGACUUGCGUCACCGACUUCGCCAAUGCAUCGCCGACCGUGCCUGUAGAACGCCUUCAGAUAAGGCAUUCCACACGUCUGCACCACGCCGCGUUAGCUUGUUGCCGUUCCGCGUCGGCAGCGCCCUGUUUGGAUCAUCGCGGAGUCGUGGGACAUCUAUCUCCGGGAAGGGGGGGUGGGACGCCGGCAACGACGACGAAGCACGACCGUCCACUGCCAUUCCUCCCAUUUCACGGGACCGUCUAGUCCUUGAAUCCUCCCGUCGCGCUUCCUCCUCCACUCGUCACUCUUUCCCAUAA